AUGCAACACUUGUGUCUUCAACAUGUCAGACGAACUAUUUGUGAAGUCAUUUCGGAUCGACAAAAAAACUUUCAAUAUGAUUUUGGAUGUGUUGAGUUCAUUUCGUUGCAGAUGAACAAUCAUCAAUUGCAACAAUCAUAUGAAUAUUUCUAUCGGAAUUUUAAAUUGCCUCGAACACCAGCCUGUGUGGAUGGAACUCACAUCAGAAUACUAAAGCCUGUACAAAACCAAUCCGUGUUCUAUAAUAGGAAAGGAUUUUAUAGCAUGAAGGUGGUGUGUAACUACAACAUGGAGAUAAUUGCUAUUGAUGCCACGCACCCUGGUUCCGGCCAUGACGCCUUCAUUUGGAAUCACUUUCCUGCUAGGGAAUAUUUAUCCACGACCAUUAAUGGGCUUUUUUUGGCUGAUUCGGGCUACGCUCUAGAGAGUUUUGUUCUGACUCCUUAUGGGAGCGCGGAGAUAGCCACCUAUCAACACAGAUUCCACAUAAAGCUUACUGGAGCACGAAAUAUUAUCGAACACACCAUUGGAGUCCUUAAAAGCCGUUUCCGUUGCUUGCAAUGCACUUUAAAUUACCCACCAAUAUUUUGUUGCCAAAUUAUAAAUGUAUGCUGUGCCCUGCACAAUAUUUGUAGAAGACGUAAUGACUUAAUCGAGGAGGAUGUUCGAUUUAACGACCCUCUAGACAAUGAAAAUGAAUUCGAUGACACUGAAAAUAAUGGAUCAUCUAUACGAGAUGAAAUAGCUCAGGCCAUUCCUUAUUAA